GAGGAAGCGCGUGCUAUUGGUUGACUCGAACACGUGGACUACUUCCAUUCUCAGUCCAAAUACUCGCAGCGCGUGCCAUGGCAGACAAACUGGAUUUUAUCGCCCAGUGCGUAAGAACUUUCCCUGAUUUCCCUACGAAAGGGAUUCCAUUCAAGGAUAUUUUCCCGAUCUUGAAGGAUCCGAAGGCACUGGCUGCAGUGACAGAUCUGUUUGAGGAGCACGUGAGGAACACUUUCCCUCAGGUGGAUCUUAUAGUCGGACUGGAUGCUCGAGGAUUUUUGUUUGGGCCGCUUCUGGCUCAGAGAUUAGGAGUAGGAUUUGCUCCAAUUAGAAAAAAAGGGAAGCUUCCUGGCCCCACGUUAUCAGUAGCUUAUAGUCUCGAGUAUGCACAGGCCGAGGCAGAGAUGCAAGAAGAUGCGGUUUCUGCAGGACAGAAGAUCCUGAUCAUUGAUGAUUUACUGGCUACUGGAGGAACUCUGUAUGCGGCGUGUGAGCUGAUCAAACAGCAGAAGGCCGAGGUGCUGGGCUGUCUGGUGGUGGUUGAACUCAAGUAUCUCAAUGGAUCUGACAAGCUGAAGCCAACUUCUGUGUUCUCUCUAAUACAGUACUGACGUUCUUGAGCUUUCAUGCGGCGUGGUCUGUUUGGUCUUAGCCAUCUCAGAGGAACUCAUCAUUCAAGUGAUGGCUUACAUUUCAGAAAUAUGAAGAAUUGCAAUCAAUUUUAUACCCUUUGGGGUUUUGAAGGUCUUAAUUCCACUAUGAGAAUUAGCCAGGAACUGAAAAGAAACUGGCUGUGUCUAAAAUUGCAUACUUUGAGUAGGUACUACUUUUGAAUUAGUGAUGGGAGAAAUGAAGAUUUUCAAAACUUUGAAUCAAUUGAAUCAUUUGCUUCGCAAAAUGAUUCAGUGUUUCGAAGCUCUGGAAACGCCACACGCUGGUGACCUCUGCUGGUCAGAGCAGUGUAAAUGCAGCAAUAACUCAGUCAAGACAUGCAUAAAAACACCUUUAACAAACCAAUUACAAAUGUUUUAUUGAAGGUGUCAUCUAUUAAAUGCAGUUAACAAAUAAUCUAAUAUCACUGAAGCUUGGUUAUCAGACCAUUAAGAGAUUUUUAACUACAACUCUUCCUUUUUAUUAUAUAAAGGUGUCAAUAAAUGUCAACAAAUGUAUAAAACUGGUAAAAAUCAUAUAGACACUGGUUCAUGGGUUCACAGAGAUCAUUGACAUUUAUGACCUAACAAAGCCUUGUUUACUGAAAUCAUGUGACUUUGGCAGUUUGACGCACUCCGAAUCACUGGUUCGAAACAAAUGAUUUGCAAAAUGUCUCGAAGCAGCACGAAAUGUGUUUUAAAAGCGCCCAUCACUACUUUGUGUGUGCUUAAAAAAACAAACAAACAAAAAAAACAGUUCUAUAUGGUUUAAAUUUGUGUGAAUGUAAUCCGAACGUAGACCUUACUCACAGCAGGAGCGCCAUCUUUGAUUUCUAACGGUAAUGAAAGCGAGGCCGUGAAGGAUACACAUACAUCUCUUCAGUGGGUUGUACUGUUCUAUUUAAUGUGUUUUAAUGUGAUUAUUUUGCUGACGAAACACUGCAAAUAUAUCUUUCCCAGAAAUGUCAGUAGGCUAAACAAAAAACUCCAGACAGCUGUGGAAAAUAACUGAUCAAGAAGCUUAACGUUACUUACAAAUUGUAGUCCGUUACUAAUUCCAAAUUACAUGACUAGUUAGUAACGUAAUCCAUUACACAUUUUAGGUAAUAUAAUCGGACUAUGUUUUGGUUACUUUUGACCUAACUUGUUUAUCGCAUUGAAUAGGAUAAUCUUGUACCAUAUUGAUACAAAAAUAGUAAAUACUAAGAAAAAGUAAAUAUAUUCCAGUCUUUAUCAACAACCUGAAGUGCAAUAAAUAUUAUAUUACGACAGGGUUUCCUAAAUGGGUGUGUGAGGGAAUUGCAAGGGUUUUGUGAGUUUAAUGAAGGCUAUAAAUUAAAAUAAUUUUAAGAAUAAUGUUUGAAAGAAAAAAGCAUCCCAAAUGCAGGGUUAAAUUACUUAGUGACAAUAAGACUGUAUAUAAUGUGCUUUUUUUUUUUUUUUUUAAAGAAAGGAACAUGUAGGCUAAAACACGAGAGUCAGGGAGAAUCAAUAAAUUAUGAUUUACUGCCAUUGUGUAAAUAGUAUAAUACGUUUUAUUUAUAUAGCACCUUGCUAUAUAAAUGUAAUCAUGUCAUAUAUGUAAUCAUUAAAAAAAAAAAAAAAAAAAAACUGUAGUCUGAGUAUUUUUAAGUUUAAUAUAAUCUAAUUACAAGUACUUAAUUUUUGGAAUCUGAUUUAAACAGUGCUGGGUAGUAACUGAUUAGUAUCACGGUUAGUCUAUCCCACACAGCCUCAUUUUCAUACCGGUCAUGGCGCUGCUCUGAAUAAGGUCUAUACAUUUACCAUGUUGUCAUCGUCAUGUGACCUACCAGCAUCAGUUGUGUUGCUUCACUUCACUGCCAUUCACAAAUGCUGCAAGUCAGUCAUUCCGGUACUUUUCACCUACUGUUUUUUUUUUUUUUUUUUUUGUCUACUACAUAGAUGCGAUUUCAGACACAGCCAGUUACAGAAGUGUACAGACAGAGCUUCCUGUUUCUGCGAGUAUGAAACAACAACAUCGCUUGCAUGAACUUGUUUAUUGUAAACGAUUCUAUGCAUGAAUCUUGUAAAUGAUUUGUCCUUCAUUCUACUGCAUUUAUACCAGUUACUUUUUACAUGUCAUUUACAUUUAUGAACAGCUAUUGUGCCAAGAUGUGAAGAACAAGGUCACAACCUCAAAAACAGAAAUAUCUCAGUUUAAAAUGUAGUGACCACCAGACUUGUAAAAUGCAAACUAUGAACAUACAAAACUAAAAAUACGAGUCAUCUAAAAGUUAAAAUCCAUAAUAAAAUAUUGCACAUGG